GUUACACAUCAGAGCAACAAGCAGCCUUCCAACGUGGUCGAACCUAUCGCUUUUCUAACUUGACAGCUUUCCUGAAGCACCUUGCAUUUCUCCCUUACUCCAAGUUGUUCUUGCUGGUUUCUGAUCGGGAUAAGACGGCUAGCUGGAAGCACGGAGCAGGAUGGCGGCUAAGGGGAAGGAAAAAGAGAAGGAGCCGGUGGAUAUUGUGCACCAGAACGCAAUCCUCUGUGAAACUAUCAUGAAAGAACAGCGAAGCCAAAAACUCUACACCCAAUUCAGUAUUAAUCCCUUCAAAAAACUUCACGUUUUGCCUGGGAAGCCGAUGCCGAGGCACGCCAAUGAAGACGGGAAGGAAGACCCUAAUUUUUUAAAAAUCAUCCACGGCGCUAGACUGGAACCUACAAAGAAAUACACCCAUCCGCAGACAGAGAGCCAGGAAAUUGGCUGGAUAUCCACACCCCUGAUCGUUUCAGAUCGAAGCGAUCGAAGGAUCAACUUCCCACGGCAGAAUUCAGAAAUCACAAAGUACAUGGAUGCAGCGUGGCGCCUGAAAGAGCAAACGCAGAACCUGGGAUAGCAUUUCCUCCACUGCAGGACAGCAAGUUACACGCGGAGAGCUAUUGCCUCUCCUUGAAAAGCAGGAGAAUGAACGUUCACAGCUGUAAACCAGCAUUCUGCCCCAAACUGUAGCUGAACUAUGCAAUGGUGGCCACCUGUCUUCCAAACUGAAUGAUUAAACAAGAUCUUGACAAACUA